GUAUUUUUAUAGCAUGAUCUAUAUAUAUGAUUACUGAUAUGCUUUUUAGUCCACUUGAAUGAUUUGACACCUUGGUAUACCGAUUUCAGAGAUACGCUCCUUUCUCUUCGAGGAAUAACAGAGUAUGAGACCUUUGAUCAUCCAGUAGCCACCAUGAUUGUUAUCUCAUCAUUAAACACUGACCCAAUCAGCACUAUUAUGCAACUCUAUAAUCCAAACAUUCCGUCAUUCACUCUAGACAAGCCCUAUGUUGAUACAAACAUAUUAAGAUACUAUGUCGUGCUUCAUGAUCCGAACCUUACAACAUUCGAGCAUUCCAUGGCUUUCUUUGAUAAGCUCAAACGAACGGUUGGGCUACACUGCUAUUUACUCACUAUCAAUUCAAAGCCAAGAAAUCCAAAAGAUGAGGACAGUAUAGAAGAUAGAUCUGAGGACAGUAUACGACACAUUUGGGAGGAACCAUUAUCCGAAUCUUAUCGCAUCGAAUCAGAAUUACAAUCAUAUGUUACAUCCAAUCCAGACUCUAGUGUAUCUUCCUUAAAUACCCCUCUUUCACCUUCUGUCGGAGGAGGACAUACUCGAUCAAGUUCGGUAUCUUCAAGCACGAGUAAUUUGCCUGCAACUGUAGUUCAUGGGACAUCAAUACAGUCAUUUCCCAUUGAUUCUGAUAAUAAUAGCAAUCAAGAUAGUAUUACGCGCGAGACUAUAGUUAUCAACGAAGAACAACAGCAAGCUUCAAUCCAAUAUGGAAGAUGUCUGACAGACGAGAAUGUGAAUCAGAUAAGGUCAAUGGUCCAGGAAUUUGUGGCCCAAAGUUUACUACCCUUUAUGGAGCGAAACGUUCAACAGUGGAAUGAGCAAGUGGCAUCAGCUCGUCGUGGAUUGACAGGUCGACUGUUUGGUGCUAGUCGCCGAUUAUUUGGUACUUCUAGUCGUUCGUCUUCUACUCAAUCACUUCAGUCAGUUGCAGCACAGGGACCUAACGUGCCUUACGGGUCUAGCUCAAUCACAGUCUAUCCCUUUGCCGCUCCUGAAGCACAAAUGCGUAAAUUAGCAGAUUUUGCAUUCAUGCUACGAGAUUAUAAAUUUGCAUACACAAUAUAUGACACCGUUCGACGAGACUACGCCACUGAAAAAGCCUACAAGUAUCAUGCAGGCACACAGGAAAUGAUGGGUGUUUGUUUAUUAAUGAUGGAUCAACCACUGACGAGCAAGACUGACGUGGACCGUCACUUUGAACUUGCUGUACAACAAUAUUUGAACAGAUGCAGAUCCAUCUUUCAUGCAACGCGUGCAACGAUCAUUUACUAUGAGCUACUUAAAGAUCGGCAAAUGUGGAAAGAUAUACCAACCGCUCUGGUCAGAAUGACAGGUGAAGAUUCGGAUCUAAGGUCAGGCCUUUUCUUGGAACAGGCUGCACAUUGUUUUCUGAGAGUAAACAAGCCAAUGGUGCGAAAGUAUGGAUUCCAUUUGGUUAUGGCCGGUCAUCGAUACGGCAAGGCAUCACAGAGAUUGCACGCUUAUCGAUGCUAUGAGCUGGCAGCAGCAGUCCUAGACAAUCACUCUUGGUCUAUAGCCAAGAAUCAUGUGCAAUUUGCUCUGGGACGCCAAGCUUUCCAUCUAGGUCGUCUUGAAGACUCAGUUGCUUAUUUUUCGAAUGUCUUGACAGACACCAAGCAAACAUCUCAACAGCAGGUGGCCCACAUUAGGGAGUUUUUAUUCAUCUACAAGCAAUACGCAGCACAAGCCGGUUUCGAUCCUUUAAAACGAUCAUUCCCUAAUCUAGGCUUACCUAUCAUCGAUGACCGUACAAUUCAAGUGACUCUAUCCAACACUCAAUCCAAUCUGACACAUCGAGAAGAAUGGGCGGCCAUGGAAAUUGAACUGUUGGAGGAAAGCAUUGCGAAUGGCUUCAUUUCUAGCUCUAAAAGAGCUAUGGCUGUUCAACAGCAAGAUGAUGAUCGAAUUGUUUGCGCUGUCGAAGAAUCUGCGAUUAUACAUGUUGAGUUGUACAACCCCCUUCAGAUAGCUAUUACUCUAAACAGUAUUAUACUUGGUUGUCAAUAUAAAGCUUCUUCCAAAUCACAAGAUUCUAAAACUGUUGAAUAUGAAGAAAUGCUAGAAGGAAAGCAGGUUGAAGGAAGUGAUCUAUUUGAAUUUGAGCAUUUUAAGCUACAAAAGCUAUCUAGUGUCACUUUGGACCCGUUGGAAAAAAAGACAAUCAGUCUGGCUGUAGUGCCUGGACAUGAGGGUAGUUUAUUGGUCACUGGCUUGCACUACACAUUAAACGAUUUAGUGCACACGUUUAAGCCGUUCCAUAAGCAAGGUAAACGCUUAAAUAAAACAAAAGAAGAGAGAAUGUCUGUGGUCUAUGCGCCCGACCGUUCAUUGGAUAUCUUGGUAACUUCACCUAUGCCUUUAUUGGAUCUUACACUCCAUCAUGUGCCAGAGACAAUCUUGUCUGGCGAAGUGGUUCAAACGGUGCUAGAGAUUAAUAACAAGGGAAACAAGGGCUUGACUGCGCUUCGAUUGAAGACAAGCCAUCCUAGUUUUAUCUGUGUGGGCAACCCUGAAGAUAUGGAUAAAAACAUAUACACGGCAGAUGAAUCAUCCACUUUAAGCAAGAUGCAGUUGGAUAACAGGUUGUUUGAUGCCAGUGUGAUUUCUAUCCCACUUCCAGGCAAGAAGGAUAGUUACCAGGGCGCAGUCAAGCCAGGUGAGACAACGCUUGUCCCUCUUUGGAUACGAGGCGAUAGAAUUGGCAAACAUACAUUCAAACUGUUGUUCUCUUAUCAAUCAGACGAAGAUAACGUAAUGAUUGCCCACCGUACGCUGCGGUACUCAGUCCAGAUGCAGGUGCUUCCUUCUCUCAAGAUCAAUGCCUUCACAAGACCAAGCACUACGGCCAUCAAUGAAUAUAUACUGGGUAUUGAAAUCGAAAAUCUUCAGACAGUGACACAAUUUGAAUUGGUGCAGCUAAAUGCUUCCAGCCCCAUGUGGGAUAUUUCACCACUUAGCAUUGAUCUAUCGAGUAGUCAAGAUAUUGAAUCAAAAACAAACAUUCCUCCUAGGCAAACCACAUUUGCAUACUACAAGAUUCAAAGGAUAGCUUCGUAUGAGAGUGAUAUAUCUAAUAUUCCUGAAGCAUGGACUUCGAAUGCACUUGGUGCCUUGCUCAACAGUCAAAAGAAAAAUGAUUCAAAGGAAAAGAAUCUACCACCACCGAUUGACCUUCAUCUAAGCAAAGUUGCAUUUAGGAAGAACGAAAUUCCUGCGGAUGCCCCACCUCUCAAGACGUUCUCACUUAAUUCACGUAUGCAUUGGCGCUUAAGUAACCUGGAGAACCAGUUUCCAAACAUACCUAAAGAAAAGUAUAGUCAGCUAUUCACUUUAUACAACUCUGGAGAUGUUGAUUUAGCUAUAUACUGGAACAUACCGAAUAUGAAACGACAAGGACAUCAUUAUAUCAUUGGCGUCAAUCUUGGUAUACAGCAAAACCCUUUCCAGGGCAACAGCACUGAACUCAUGAAUCAACAAAAUCGCACUAUGUUUGAAGCAACGGCUAAAGAAAGGGCUAUGCUUAUCAACAGUCUUACGCGCAAUAGAGUGAUCAAGGAUGAAAGUCCUGUCAAGGUGUUGGUGUCUGCGCCUGAUAAAAAGGCACAUAAUUUUGAUAAUGAAGGGUUAUUAAAGGUCCCUGUAUGUCUAACACUUAUGAACUGCUCAUGGAAUCGAACAAGUCGUUACACUCUCGAAUUAUUGUCCUGGUCUAAAACAGACCAAAAGAAUACCAAUAGUGGUAAAUCCUAUUUAAGUAUAUACCCCUUCCAUUGGAACGGCUCUACUGUCUUUACGGGAUCAUUGCAACCAGAAGAAAGAAAAGAUAUCCAGGUGUUUGCUGUGUUUCAGCUACCUGGUGUAUACGAUAUCAAUCGUUGGAGGUUAACCGUUCGAACAGAUGAUAAAGAGGGUUCAGAAGUGUUUGUUCAUCAACCUACUUUACCUCAAUUGAUUGCUACUACUACUGCAUCAUAGAUUAUUAGUACACUUUAUUCAGAAAUUAUUCGCACACUGAUAAAAA